CUGGCCCCACCCACCUCCUGCUCAGCCCGCGGCGGAGGCGCUGGGCUUUCAUCCGCGAAGCGGCGGGAGUCAGACGCGUCGCUGCGGUCUUUUCCGACGUUCGUCCGGGAGUCGGCAGCAGCCUCAGUCGCGUUCAGCUUCUGGGAUCCUGUCAGCGGCGAUCAGUGACGCAGCGAGAGGAUGGUGGUCCGCGUGUUCGUCGCCUCAUGCUCGGGCUUCGUGGCGGUCAAGAAGAAGCAACAGGAUGUGGUUAGAUUUUUGGAAGCCAACAAGAUAGAGUUCGAGGAGGUGGACAUCACCAUGUCGGAAGAACAGAGGCAAUGGAUGUACAAAAACAUUCCCCCUGAGAAGAAGCCUGAGCAGGGCAACCCGCUGCCACCUCAGAUAUUUAAUGGGGAUCGAUACUGUGGAGACUAUGACAGUUUUUUUGAAUCGAAGGAAAGCAACACAGUCUUUGCAUUCUUAGGCCUGAAGCCACGGCCAGCAUCCACGGCUGAAGCUUAGAGGUGAGGUGUGGAAGAGUUGCGUUCUGGAGCAUUCCCUGGUACUCAGCACUCACCUGCUUACCUGAUGCAUCACUGUGACGAAGCCACACACACAAUCAGUAACUUCGCUUGACCUGGAGAAGGUGUCUUUGGAGGACAUGGGAAUAAUAAGUACUGCAUGAUUGCU